AGUGGAGUUUCAGUAACUAUACCUAUUAACAUUUGAAAAAAGACACGACUCAAAAUCUCUUUAAGUUUUACACACAAGAGUUCCUGUUGAAUUACUCGAGGUUGUUUUAAAGAAACGGGGUGUUGCAUGUUCAAGUAAAAUUACUACUUUUGAAUAUUAUUUUUCCUUUUAAUAUAAGGAAACUCACACUCUUUCAAUUUUAUUAAAAGUAAAAAAUUAGAAAACCUUUCUUAGAAAGCACGUGUUAUCAUUAAACGUAUGGAACAGCUCAAUAUUAAUUCUAGAAAUUUCUUAAAAUAAAAUAAAAUAAAUUUAAAUUCAUCAGAUUACAAAAUUUGGGUAUUGUGUUAAUUUUUUAAAAUUAAAUAUUUAAUUUUCAUCUUUAUUUCUUAUAAAUUUUUGGAAGCCUGGAUCUGCCUGGUUGACUUUGAUGAUCAAAAUACAAAACUUAAAAAGUCUUUUUACAUGGAGUUAAAUCACACAAAACCGACAAAGACCAAACGGCAACUCUUUCUCCUUCUACCUUCCUAACUGAAACCGAAUGGUUUUUUCUUACAAUUAUCUCAACUCUUUUUUUUUUUGUUGUUGUUGUUCUUGUCUCUAAUGGUUGUGGUUUCUCAGGCCUCAAGCCUCCCUCUCCCAAACCCUUCUCUUCCUUCAUCUCCUCCCCACAUCACCUCUCUUUUAUAUGAACCAAAUUCUCUCUCUUUAGCCCUCAUGCACUCUGAUUCCUCCAUCUCUCUUUACCCUUCUCUUUCAAUUCCCUCCCUUUCUUCUCUCCCUUCAACCCCUCAAUUCCUCAUCUCUCCUCCCUCUUCUUCCUCAACUUUUCUUCUCUUGAAUCCUAACCCUAACCCUAGAGUUGUUUUCAUUGUGGGAGGUCCUCAUAAAAGUGGGGCUCAGGUGCUGCUUCGGUUCUAUGUUCUUCAAAAGAACAAUCUUUAUGGGAAAGCUCAAGUCUUUUGCUCGCAAAAGGGUGUUUGUUUUGAUCACAAGUUGGGAGUUUUGUUGGAUGUUAAACAUGGGGUGUCUUUUAAGCUUGUUGGGUCGGUUAAUUUCUUUGCAAUGUACUCGUUUUCGAGUUCUAAAAUUUGGGUUUUUGGUGUGAAGUUGAUGGAUGAUGAUGAUGAGUUGAAGUUGAAGUUUAUGAGGUGCGCUGUGAUAGAGUGUUGUAAGCCAAUUUGGUCAAUGAGUUUGUCAUCUGGGUUCAUGAUUUUGGGGGAGGAGAAUGGGGUUAGGGCUUUCAAUUUGAGAAAUUUGGUUAAAGAAAAGAUGAAGAGAGUAAAGAAUUUUAAAGGAUCUGGUUUGCCAAAUGGGAUAAUUGGGGAUGGUGCUUUUGGUGGAUCAAAUCAAGAUGUUGCUUGCAAUGGUUAUGUGGAUGGGAGGAGUGAUAAGCAUUGUUUUUCCGUAAAGCAGAGGUCUGUUAAAUGCAGACAAGACUCCAGUGAAGGAGUUGCAUAUUUUGUGGCGUUUAGGAGCAAGAAAGCUGAAGGCUUAAAUUCUACUACAACUGCAUUCAUGUCUUUGAAGGCAAUUUCUAUCCAGGCUGUGUCUGCGAAAAAGUUUCUGAUAUUGGAUUCUGCUGGAGAUUUACACAUCUUACACCUUUCCAACUCUGUUGCUGGAUCAAACAUCAUUGGUCACAUGAGGUGGUUGCCUCAUUUUAUGAAUGUGCUAAAGCUGGCUGUUCUCCCUGAUAUUUCCCUACGAACACAAACUAUUUGGAUUACAGAUGGACAACACUCUGUGCAUGUAAUGGCUGCAUCUGAUGCAGAUAUCACUGUUGGCGAAAAUGGUAGAAACGAGAUCGAGGAGAAGCUAAUGCAAAUCUCAGUUAUUGAAGCAAUAUUUGUUGGUGAAAAGAUUCAAGACAUUGUACCUUUGGCAGCAAAUGGAGUUCUGAUACUUGGACAAGCAGGAAAUCUAUAUGCUUAUGCAAAUUCUUGAAGUUACUUGAUCAUAAUAUUUUUAGUGGUGAGCUUUUUUUUUUCGUGUUUAUCCCUUUACAAAUAUUUCACUCUGUUCUAAUCCAAGUUGAUUAUGAUGUAGAAUCUCUAUGUUUCAGGAAAAUAUUGAAUGAUUACACCAGUUUGGGUGAGUCCUGAUUGAAUGUUCUCUUUUGAUACCUGAUUUUCAGUUGGCGAUCACCUGUUCUUGCUGACUACCAUGGUAUCAUUUUUCAUUAUGUUUCUGAGUUUUGAGCUGCAGUUGUCUCAUAUGUUUAAUUGUGGAGAAGGCUUCAAGAAGACUGAGCUCUUGUAGACAAAAUCAUUGGACAAGUUGAGAGCAAGUCAUGAAACCAUGGAAUUCUGAUUCCUGAAGAUUGACUUCUUGGACAACUCUGAUACCUCCAUUUCACGGCCUGCUUUUACAAUUGCCAGACAAAUCUGCUGCAGAUGUGUGAAGCUGUUGGCUGUUGGUUCCUCUGUUUUUUCGGCCUUUGUGGAGCAAGCGUGCACUGUAAUCUUUAGGCUGUCAAGCAAUCACAAUACGAACUGCUAAUAAAAUGUCAUAAAGAUUUAGACAAGCUUGAAACGAUGUUCUGCUGCCAGUUAAGUGUAUAGAACUUCGUCAACGCUUAUUCUGCCAUCAAUUUCUGCAAAAUCGGAAGGUUUGUGUUAUUUUUCCGACUCUGGUUCAGUCCAUUUAAAUGGGGUUACUGGCAUUAGAUUCAGGUAGCUCACCAUUUUCUUGUGAUAGUAGUUCAAAACUAAAUGAAUAAAACUAUUAAGUUUGCCGAUUUCCCGCUUCAUCAACCAUUCAUAUCUUUUUCUUUGAAUCUAUUGCUGAUUGGGAUUAACAUA